ACUCGCAAUUAUCUCUUGUUUUACAAGCAUUUCAUCACCUCUUGGGACCAGCUCUUAGCCGCACGUGUGAUCCAAAAUGGCCACCGAUUGGGAGGAAGUGAAACGACUGGCCGCCGACUUCCAGAGGACGCAACUGUCGGAAACGCUGCUGAGACUCUCUGAGCGUAAUUGCGUGGAGAUAGUGAAGCGGUUGAUCGAAAUGAAGUUAUUGGACGUGAUCUUCACGAACGAUGGCAAGGAGUACAUCACUGAAGAGCAUCUGCUCCGAGAGAUUGAGGACGAGUUGUUCGCAUCGGGCGGUCGGAUCAGUCUCUCGGACCUCGUGUCCACUCUGAACGUGGACUACAUCCAGAUCGAGGCCAAGGCUAACCACUUGUCGCGGACGAGCGCCGGUGACGUGAGUCUAGUGUUGGGACAGUUGGUGUCCCGACAGUACAAGGACUCUAUGGCCCAAGAAGUGGAUCUCAAGCUACAGGAGUCGGGAAUCAUCACUAUUGCCGAACUGACCAAACAGUACGACUUGAGCGCCGACUUCAUCGACUCGGUGAUCACUGAACGCUUGGGAACUCUUAUCAAAGGCAAAGCCGAUGCCAACGACUCCAGGAUUAUAGUGACCAACGAUUACAUAUCACAAUAUCAGUCCAAAAUUACCGGAGUCUUAAGCGCCGUCACCCGACCCGUGCCUCUCAACACGAUUAUCAAUAGAUACAAGUUUUCCGAAAGUAUUGUCAACGACUUGAUUGCCACGAAACGACUGUCAGGUUCCCUAAGCGGCCGGACAUACAUACCCGAGAUCUACGCCAAGACUCAGUUGGAAUACGUCGAGAACUUCUACAAACUAAACGGUUAUUUGGAUUAUUCAACGCUCUCGAGGUUAGGCAUAUCCAACGCCCAGACAUACCUGCAUAAGCGAUACGGCGAUGAGUUGUGUUACUUGAAUACCUGUGCCGUCGGCCAGAUGUUGAACUUUCAGGUCGAGUCCUCUAUAGAGGAGUGUAUUCUCAACAAUAGUUGGGUUGAUUUGGUGCCCGUUAUGCCCACAAUCCUAUCGGAAAGUGAUGUCAAUAUACUGAUCACCAAAACUCUGGAGCAGAACAAGAACUUAAGCGACCCGACGAUUGUCUUAUGCGAUACCAUAGUCGUCAGCAAAGCGUUUAUCACCAAAAUCGAGGAGAUAUUCAUACCGUUGAUGAACAAGAAAGCCGACGAAGACCUCAAAUCUGGUCUCUUAUUGUCGUUAUUUGCCGCACAAAAGGCCGCAAAACUCGAUACCGGAGCUGACGAUAAGAAAAGCGAUUCCGGGGCUAAAGGCGCGAAAAAAGGCAACAAAAAGGGAGGCGGCGGUGGUGGGGGAGGGGGUGGCGGCGGAGGUGCCGGCUCUCAGGGACGAGAAGUGAAGACAAAGGCCGUGAAGAAGAAGUAUAAACCGGGAGCCAAACAGACGGCAAGGGAGGACUCGGAUGACGAGUCCACACACAAUGAGAUCAGUUUCAAGACUAACGAUGAAGUGACGGAAGUGCUGGAGAAGAAUGUGGCGAACGCUGACGAGUGUCCGCCGGAGUUCCUGAGGAAUAUCGCGGUUUAUAUUCGGGGGUCUCUUCGAGAGAAAUACGAGACAAUCGCCCGAAAUGUGUUCAUAGCGUCGGCGUCCGCCUCGACCGCGAAGGCCAAGAAGUCCUUCAGCGACGUCCAGAAGUCUAUAAACCAAAUCUACGGCAAUAUAUUGAUGUUUGACAGAGGAAUCAAAGUCUUAACAAACGAGGAACUACAGACACAGCUAACGAAGUACUUAUUGCGAUCGUUGUGCUCAGAGGUUGUCAAUCAACUCAUCAUUCAUUUCACGAGCGAAGACAUAUCUAGUAUAGCAACUCCUGUCCAUUCGGUUCGCGUGAAAUUAAUUUCAAAACUCGACCCCAACCUCAAGGAAUGCAUACAGCGAUUGAACACUACGCUGAACGCCAAAUCAGUCGAUGACUUCUGCGGGGAACUGGAGUCCACUGCCAUUAAGUGCGAGAUUAUGCUGAAAAAGUUGGACAAAAAGCGGGAACGGGUGGUGGUGUCGGAGCACAAGCAGUCGCUGAUACAGCAGUUGAACGAGUCGGCCGACUCGGCGCUGACACUCAAUCUGGCGUUUAUACAGCAGUUGAACGAGUCGGCCGACUCGGCGCUGACACUCAAUCUGGCGGUACUGUUGCUGUUUCACAGCCACCACAACGAGAUGAUCCACGCGUCCGGCAAAUUCGUGCCCCAAUUGAUCAGUUUCUUGAGGCCUGGGCUCGAGUCCAGUGUCUUUGCACUCUUACAUACGGCUCAGGAGUUGGUGAUCAAGCAGUUGACGGCUAAGGACUCGGAUGAGAUCGAGUCCAUUGAGCGCCAGUUGACUGAAAUGAUACCGAAAAUCAAAGAGACGGCACUCGCGGUGCCGCCCAAGAAGCAGACGUCGGAGUAA